AUGUUCGAGCCGGGAAGAGAAACUCGUCUGAAAUCGAGGAUUUGGCAGGUGUCCGACGACGGCCACGACGACGGCGGCGGCGGCAGCGCUAUCUUCGUUGCUUGCGUUGCGGAUAGAGACGAGCGCUGGCACUCGCGCCGCGGAAUGGUCACGGCUGCGUGGGUUCACCCUAUCUGUGACAGGUACGGUCUCUUGCCACGAAAGGGUUCGGAUCGUUUGGGUGAAGAGAGACGGGAACGUUCAGAUUUCGAACCACGAAACGGUGGUCUCCUACUCGUGGGAUCUGAUUCGCACUCAACGGUCGCCGGUGAGGCGACCGACGGAUUGGAGAGAAGCCGGGUUUGA